GGCCGGUUGGUGCCUCGGUCUGGUGUUCUCUCAGCAGACUGCAGCCUCAGCCUCUGCCACCCCCAGCAGUGUUGGGGGAUCUGCGUGUGCAGAGCCAGAAGGUCCCUGAGGAUCUUCACCGAGGGCUUGUGGUGGUGACGACUUGAGAGUGCCUCAGGCAGAGCAGAGCUGUGCUGUGCAGCACUCUCUUAGUCCCAACCAUGGACCCCAUGUCUGUUCUAUUGCCAAUUCUCUUGGUCUCCCUCACGAUGAACGUCUUGGACUGGUGGAAAAGUAAGCUGAGACGUAAGAGAAAGGAGGAGAAAGCUGCAGCCAAAGCUCAGCGAAAGGCUGAGAAAGAAUUAAGGCAGCGAAAGGACUCAGUGAGAGGUCGCCUGCAGGAGCAGAGAGCUUCUGAGCAGGUGGCUGAACAAGAGCAGGAGCCAAGGCCGACCCCAGAGGUGCAAGGGGCACAAGAGGAGGCAGCACGGAGGGACCCCAGGGCCACAGAAGAGCUGCAGAAGCAGCAGCAGAAGGAGUGGUGGGCCCCAGAGAACAAGGCCAUCAUGCCUAAGAUGACUCCAGGGGAGAUGCUGGAGGACAUGCCACGCUUGGAGCACAGGAGCUCCUCCAGCAGCUGCUCUAGGGCGAAGCAGAUAAAGAACAAGGCAGGGAAGAAGAUAGUGGAGUGGUGGGCUCCAGGGAACGAGGCCAUCAUGGCCAAGAUGACAACACGGGAGAUGCUGGAGGACAUGCCACGCUCGGAGCACAGGAGCUCCAGCAGCUCCUCUGAGGAGCCUGAGCUAAAGAACGAGGCAGGGAAGAAGAUAGUGAAGUGGUGGGCCCCAGGGAACGAGGCCAUCAUGGCCAGGAUGACAACACGGGAGAUGCUGGAGAACAUGCCUGCCUUGGACCCCUGGAGCUCCAGCAGCGACUCUGAGGAGCCUGAGCUAAAGAACCAGGCAGGGAAGAAGAUAGAGAAGUGGUGGGCCCCAGGGAACGAGGCCAUCAUGGCCAGGAUGACAACACGGGAGAUGCUGGAGAACAUGCCUGCCUUGGACCCCUGGAGCUCCAGCAGCGACUCUGAGGAGGAGGAGGCAGCCAAGAACAGGGCAGCAAAGAGGAGGAGCCAGGAGCCCAGGACCAUGCCGGGGGUCUCAGCUGCCCGGGCGAGUGAUGCUGGGGCACAGAGCAGCGCAGAGGAGCCCAGCAGUGCAGGGAGGAAGCCGAGCACACAGCAAGCUGGGCUCUGGAGCCGCCUGAAGAGCUGCUGUACUCGCUGCUUCUGCAGAUGCUGCCCCUGGUUGCAGCGCCGCUGCCCCUGUUUGCAGCGGAAGAAGCAGGAGGUCCCCUAG